GUGGAUGCGGGUCGGAGGUGGAGUUGGAUGAGCGCCUUCAGGCACAAGGAUACGUACUUCUCCUCUCGAUACUUUUCGGAAAGGCUCCGGCUGUGACAGGAUAUGAACCCGUCCGGGAGGACCGUUGUUUUGACGCAGCGCGCGGGCGCCGCAGAAGCCCACAUGAAGUCCGACUUUUUGAAGACUCACUCUUCCCGGAGAUGGCAAGUCCCGCCGUACUGAUGGGCCGGACGGCGGCUUUGCUGAGCGCGGUCUGGAUCCUGCUCACCGGGCUCUGCGUCGCGUCCCCGACCCACGGCCGUCGGCUGGUCUGCUGGAAAGCCAUCCUCAAGUGCCACGGGGAGCCGGAGUGCCAUUACGCGUACGACCAGUACCUCCACGCCUGCGCGUCCGUCCUCAACGGGGAGCGCAAGAAGUGUCCCAGCCACUGCAUAUCGUCCCUGAUUCAGCUCAACCUGACCCAAAGCGGCCCGGCCCUGGAGGACUGCGACUGCGCGCUGGACCCGGUGUGCGUGGCCACCAAGCGGGCCAUCGAGCCGUGCCUGCCGCGGACCAGCACCGUGGGCUGCACCGAGGCCCGGCGGCAGUGCGAGAUGGACCAGCCGUGCAGCUCCGCCAUGAGGGACUACUUGUUCCACUGCCGGAAGCUGUUCGGGGGGGAGAGGUGCUCGGACGGCUGCCGCCGAGUCAUCGCCGACAUGCGCUCCAUACCCAAGGCGCAGCAGCUCGACACAUGCGAGUGCGACGGCGCGGAGAGGAACAUCUGCGAGUACAUCAAAGUCAGCAUGAAGACCUUCUGCUCCGAGCCGGGCGAGAGGUUCGCGGGGAGCGGCUUCCCGGACGCCGAGGACGACCCGGACGACUAUUACGCGGACCAGGAGGAUUAUCACUACGCGGAGAACUCCGGCGACUCCCCGCCGCCUCAGACCUCUUUGCUAAAUGUUCUGACCACCAUUUUGGUUUUAACCAAAUGCAUCUGAAAAGUGUGUGGGGGGGGCUGAGGGCAGCUAGACAGGGACUUUGUUGUUAUCAGCCGUGGUUUCUCCUUAAACUAACAACACUAACACCUUCUGAUCUGCGCAAAAUGAAUCCAAUCCAGCACCCUUGUAUGUUUGUUACUCACUUAAAUUUGAUCAUCUGAUAUCACCCGAAGGAGAUUUUUUUUUGUUGUAUCCCACCUAUGUAAAGAUAGAUUGUACAGUAUAUUGUAUAAAAUUUAUUUUUUUGUGAGAAUAUAUCUUUAUGAGCAAUAAACGAUUUGCACUGUA